AUGAUCUCUGUUUCAUCUCUCCCAAUCUCUGACUUCCAGUACAUGCUCUCUAAUAAUCCUUCUUUAUCACCAUCGCUUCGAGUGCGCCACAAUAGUUAUGAUAAUCUGAUCGCUUAUACGGCAUUUAAUGUGAAAACCUUACUGGAAUGCUCAAAAGAAAGACUACAUUAUCAACAGCGCCUUUUACCCACUCUACCUAUAUUUGUCAGACAUAUAUUUUAUCACUGCAAACUUACCCCUACCAUAUUGGUUGUGGCUCUUAUCUAUCUUGGUAGAUUAAAAAAUGGUUUGCCUCACAAAUCAAAAGGAGAGUUUGAUACACCAUACAAAAUGUUUAUCGCAGCUGUGAUCUUGGCCUCUAAAUUUGUUGAGGACGCUAAUACAAUGGCCCAUUCGAUCUAUAAGCUUGUGGCUCCGCUUUAUAAUGCUAGGGAAAUCAAUGAGAUGGAAAGAAGCUUUUUAGGGGUGGUAAAGUAUGAUCUCUUUGUGAACCUUGCUGAGGUAUACCAAUUCGUACAAGACCAUAAAGAUACACUUGAAUUAGAGCUUGGUAUCAAUUAA